GCGGUCACGUGCUCAUUGGUCACGUGACCCGUACUGCACUGACGCAGCCCGCAGCACCGAGGGGCUAGCAGCUAACGGCUAACAGCGGAGCGAACCGAACCGAGCCGGUCCCAGCAAGACCCCCGGGCCCAGGCUGCACCGCAAACCCCGGGAGGAGGCCACCGGUAUGAGCUAAACGGCGCAGAGGCGGCGCCGCUCCCAGGUGAUCAGGUGUGUGUUGUAGCAGCAGGAUGCCGAUCCCUCCUCCACCUCCUCCCCCUCCGGGAGGACCUCCUCCUCCGCCCACCUUCAGCCAGGCGAACACCGGUCCUCCCAAACUGAGUCCAGGCGAGGCCGGCGGCCGCGGCGCUCUGCUCUCGGACAUCUGCAGGGGCACCAAGCUGAAGAAGGUGGCGGUGGUGAACGACCGCAGCGCGCCGCUGCUCGACAGUAAGAGCCAAACGCCAAAGAGCCCGACACCCCCCACAGACCACCCAUACAUUCGAUUAUACCAAUACCUACAUCAGCAACACCCGCAGCCGAGCCAGCCCAGACAGCAGGGGGCGCCGUCUGAGGAACAGAAGAAGUCGGCAGCAGAUUCGAGCGCCGCCGCCAUGUCGCUGCUGGACAAGCCCAAAGGAGGCGGAGCAGCGUCGGCAGGAGCCAAUGGGAGUGGAGCGUCAAGUCCUUCAGGGUCGGCUCCACCGAUUGGAGGCCUGUUUGCAAGCGGCGUUCCCAAACUGAGGCCGGUCGGAGAUGGAUCCUCGUCACGUCCUCCCUCCACUCGGGGGGCCGCCCCCCGCCCCCCCAGCCAUCGCCCUGACGACGCAGAGAGCCCCUCCCCCCAGGCGUCGUCGCCGUUGGAAACCUCUCGCUCACAGCGCCCCUCCCUCCCCAACCUGUCUUCCUCCCCCUGCCCUUCUCCCUCCUCCCCCUCCUCUGCUGCCUCCUCCCCCUCCACUGGCAUGAAGCACUCCUCCUCCGCUCCGCCCCCACCCCCCAUGUGUCGUCGUGGUAACGCCCCCUCACCCCCCUCUUCGUCUUAUGUCAGAGAGAAGCCCCUCCCUCCAACACCCAGCAACACUCCGCCCCUCCCCUCCAAACCUCCCCCGUCUCCUGGCAACAACAGACGUCCGCCCACCUCUGGAGGAAACCCCGCCCCUUCCUCCUCGUCCUCCCUGGCCCCGCCCCCUCCUCCGUACCGCAUCACGACCAGUCCGACGGGAGGCGGCGAAUUGGCGCCCGACCUGCCGCAGCGCCAUAACUCUCUCAGCAGCAAGCGGCCCGCCCCUUCCCCGGGAGGCCACACCCCCACCAGAGGCCCCGCCCCUCCCCCCCCAGCAUCCCCCACCCUGUCCCAGCAGGGGGGCAACAGGGCGCCGGCGCCUGGCCGAGGAGCAGCUCCUCCGGUCCCCCCCCAGCCGUCUCCGGUGUCAUCCAGAGCAGGUGGACGAGAAGCCCCACCCCCUCCUCCCCCCUACAGGGCGCAUGGUAGCCCCUCGUCUUCUGACCCCCCCACCAGGGGGAAGCCUCCUCCCCCUCCCACCCGCACCCCCGCUGCUCCUCCCCCGCCUCCUCCUCCUCUGCGAAAUGGACAUUCCUCCUCCUCCUCCUCCUCCUCCAUCCCUCGCUCCUUCGUUGAUGAUUUUGAGUCCAAGUAUUCGUUUCAUCCUCUGGACGACUUUCCUCCUCCAGAUGAGUACAGGCACUUCACCAAGAUCUACCCCAGCAGGGCCAACAGAGUGUUGAGAGGAGCUCCUCCACUGCCUCCUGUGGGGAGGUGAAGACAGGAGAACCAGCAGA